AUGUCAACAACACCAGUUACUCACGACCGGGGGACACAGGCGCCAUGGUCUGCCUCUUUGUCACAGACGCAGAGAGGUCAGUGGGCCACUGCAACGCGCUCUCUCGCGCUUUGUACUCACCCACCACUCAACUCCGUUUUUCAAUUCAAGGCACAUGGACAGGGUCCCGCCUCUGGUCCAGCUGUCACACAUCCCCCAGCUCAAACCCGCCCCAGCUGCCCGUCUCUGUCCAUGUGCUUCCACUGCGGCACGCCCUCCCUCUGCCUCUGCCGUGCCGUGCGCAGGGCUGCCUUUGAGCGGCAGUACAACGGCUCCAUUCUCGACUUCACCUUGAUGCGGCGCCAGCAGCAGCCUCUGUACUGCCCCAGGCUGCUCGAGUUGUACUCGUACUGGAAAAGCUAUUUGCUAGUGGACCUCAUGCAGCGCGGCGGCGACGAGCUCUCCUUCCUGCGCAGGACGGGAGACAUCAUCUUCAGCCGUGUCAUGCCCAUCGGAAACCUCUCCCUCAACCUCACCGGCUUCACCGUCGGGGUGCCCAUCUUGCAGCAUGCGCUGCCACCGAAUCCCACGGAGCAGCAGGCGGAGGAGGUGGUGCUGGGAGCAGCUGGAGCGAAUACCACGGACCCCAAUGCCCUGACAAUGAUCUACGGCCCGGGCCCACGCCUUCUGUACUACCGCGACCGCGACAUCCUUCCCAUGACCGACAUCUCGCCGCCCAACAUCACGCGCCCGUGGGAAGAACGCUCUGUCGUGCCCCUCGAUCUGCUUGGGGGCCGUUUGCGGCGCUACCAAGUGUGGUGCCGCUACAUGGAGACACUCUUGUGGGGUGUGCCCUUCCUCUGGGCAGCUCUCGCUCUAGUGCUGACCACUCUGGUGGCGGCGGUGGCGUGGCAGCAGCGGGUGGGGUACAUGCGCAGCGAGGAGAGCUUGGCAGCGGCGGACCGGCUGAGAGGGAAGGCGAGGGCAGCGGAGCGGUCGAAGAGCUCAUUCGUGGCGUCCAUGUCGCACGAGCUGCGCACGCCCAUGCUCGGUAUCGUGGGGCUGCUCGAUGCUUUGGAGGACCGCGGCCUCUCUGCCACCCAGCGCCAGGACGUGCGCGCGGCACGCACUGCCGCCCACGACACGGUGCGCCUCGUCAACCGCGUGCUCGACCCCUCCAAGCUCGAGGCGCGCCGCAUGCCGCUCUGCUGCUCGCCCUUUCACCCGCAAGUGUGGCUUGAAGAGAUUGUGCUGGGCUGCUGUGAGCGGGCGCAGGACAAGGGUAUCGAAGUGGCGGGCAUGGUGGAUACAGGAGUGCCUGUUGUGUUGCAUAUGGACACCAUGCGACUCUCACAAGUGCUCAACGAGCUCAUAGCAACUCAGCACUUUUAUGCGUCUCCCCAUGUGCUGUUCACAUCACUAUGUUUGAUAUUCAAAGCUGGUCUGUGUUCCCAACCCAAACGCACAUCCCAACGACACCACAGCCAUACCGCCGGCAGACAUGCAAUGUGCUACACGGCGAGGGGGCACGUGCUAGUGCGAGUGUCCGUGUGCUCCGCUGCUACCCCUCUCGAGGACUUCCUUCACCACCACCUCCACUGCCCGCUCCACCACCACACUCCUCCUCCGUCGCACUCCUGGCUCUUCUCCUGGUUGGGCUGCCUGCACACACAGCUGGGGCUUCUCGUCCGUAGAGCAACUGCGGUGUGCGGCGGCGGCGGUGGAGAGGAGAUGCAGCUGGUGCUGUCGUGUGCCGACAUGGGCUGUGGGUUUGAUGCAUCCUGGGAGGAGCUUUCAGAAUUCAAGUCGGUGCACAAGGCUCAUGAUGAUGUCUCCCCUUAUCCGACUGUUUGUGGUUCGCUGCACGGGCGAUCGGAGAGCGGAGGAGCAGGCCUGGGAUUUGUGCUCGUGCACCAGCUGGUGAGCCCUCUCUGA